AUGUCGAAUGAUGGCGACAAGCACGCGGGCCUGCGUCUGCAUCUCUCCAGCAGCUGCAGUACCGGCUACAAGUGCGUGUACGAGCACUUUGGCCGCUUCCAGGCGAAGCGCUGGGUGGACGGCAAGGAAGUCUGUCUUGGAACCUUCGCCACGGCGGUGGAGGCGGCGGCUGCCUACGCGCGGGCUGUCGGCGGCUUUCAGCCUCCCCCUCCAACGGUGGUGACCGAGUCGGAGGGUUUGAGGCUUCACCUCUCGACCAGCAACACCACCGGCUACGCGGGCGUGACAUUUUAUCGGGUCGGCCAGUAUCACGCGCGAACCCGUGUGGACGGAAGGAAACGCACCUUGGGGGUUUUUGACUCGCCGGUGGAGGCGGCGGUGGCGUACGCGCGAGCGGUAGGGGACAAGCGGCGGCGCCCCGAGGAUGAGGACGGCGACGAGGCGGCUCCCCGUAUCUCCAUGGCCGCCGCAUGA